GGCACCACACGGUCUUCCCGAAUUUAGCCUCAAGGACAAGGUCCUUAUCGUGUCUGGCGGAGCUCAGGGCUUGGGUCUCGUGCAGGCGGAGGCGCUUGCGGAGGCGGGCGCAACUGGUAUGGCAACCAUUCUUGGCAUGCAUUGCAGUCUCUUGUCACAAUCUUGUCACGUACCAGAUCAAUGAGUGGGUGCAUUGUGGGGAACUUAGAAACUGACAUGCCCAUCUAGUACACGUCCUAGAUCGCCAGCCCGAGCCCGACGCGGAUAGCAAGUACCAGAAAGUUGCCAAGAAGGUCCAGGAGCAGUUUGGAACGUCAUUCACCUACCAUCAAGUCGAUGUCAGGACAGGCGUGGACAAGCUCAACGAGAUUGCCGAGGAGAUUGCACAGAAACAUGGCCGCAUCGAUGGUCUUCUUGCAGCUGCCGGCAUCCAGCAAGAAACCCCCGCGCUCGAGUACACUGCAGCGGACGCGGACCACAUGCUCGGUGUGAACAUUACAGGCUGCCUCAUGACUGCGCAGGCCGUUGCCAGGCAGAUGGUCAAGAACAAAUGGCCUGGGAGCAUCGUCAUGAUUGCCAGCAUGAGCGGGACCAUUGCCAACAGAGGCUUGAUCUGCCCCGUUUACAAUGCCUCCAAAGCAGGCGUGAUCCAGCUCGGGCGUAACUUGGCCGCCGAAUGGGGCCAGUACGGGAUUCGGGUAAACACCAUCUCGCCCGGCUACAUUGUGACGGAAAUGGUCGAGAAGCUCUUUGUCCAAUUCCCCGAGCGCAAGACGGAAUGGCCGACGCACAACAUGCUCAACCGCCUGAGCCAGCCGGAAGACUACCGCGGUGCUGCAGUUUUCUUGCUGAGCGAUGCUAGCACGUUCAUGACCGGGUCCGACUUGCGCAUAGACGGAGGUCACGCGGCGUGGUAGAAGCAGAUGAGCGAGGAGCAUUGAAGCAGCAACUAAUCCGAGGAGGGCGCGCAUAAGAUUUGUUUGAUCGAUUUGCCUUGCAAUUGCUGCAGCACUUUAGCGGGCCUUGUUCAAUCGAGUGUGCUAGACCUCAUAAUCAAAGUUAUUUAACCCGCAGUU